ACCAACGGGCGCCAUUUUGUGUGGUUCGCGCAAAGCUGACCGGGGAGACGGAGGCAGCCGAAGAGCUGCAAGGGUUACCGGUCGGCGCGGAAGGCGCGGGCGAGAUAAUAUAUAAACAACUAAAGAUGUGGGAUCAAGGUGGACAGCCUUGGCAACAGUGGCCUUUGAAUCAGCAGCAAUGGAUGCAGUCAUUUCAACAUCAGCAAGAUCCAAGCCAGAUUGACUGGGCUGCAUUAGCUCAAGCAUGGAUUGCUCAGCGGGAAGCAUCGGGGCAGCAGGGUGUGGUAGAACAGCAAGGGAUGAUGCCAAAUGGCCAGGAGAUGACGGGAAUGGAACCUGGUCCAAACAACCAUGGUAAUUUUCAGAAUGAUCCAAACUUCAACAGAAUAUGGCAGCCAGGUGUGUUGUUGAUCCUUUUUUACUGCAUUUGGAAUCUUUUUAGUUGUGGGUGCAAUUCUUAAAAGAGCACUACUAUGAACUUAAAAUCUGAUUGGUUUGCAAAAUUUUCUGUAAUGCUGGGCAGAAUUACAUUAGGACAACAUUUCUUUUAUGGGAAGGACAAGAAGCACUGAAUCUCCCAUGUAACUGUGCUGCUUGUAGAUGUAUAUAAUAUAUUUUGGAUUUUUCUGCCUUAAUC